AUGUCCACCGGCUCCCAGUCUUACUCGCUCGAGAAGCGGGCCAUCGCCAUAGUUGGCAUCUCUGCGGAUCUACCUGGUGGAAGUCUUUCCCAGAGCAACCUAGAUUACAAGAGCCUCCGCGAAUUCCUUUUGAAUAAGGAAGAAGCAUACGAAGACAUCCCGAAGGACCGCUUCACUAUAGAUUCAUUGGCGGACGGUGUACUGAACACUCGCGGCACGUUCCUCAAAGACAUUGCGUUCUUCGACCAUGCCGAGUUCUCCGUCUCCGCCGAAGACGCGCGUGCGAUGGCGCUCAGCACGCGCAAGCUUAUCGAGCUCGCCUUCCUCUCCCUCCUCGAUGCCGGUAUUGCCUACCGCGGUCGCAACGUCGCCUGCUUUGCCGCCGGGACCGCCCAAGAUUCGCCGUUAGAUCCGGACUUGUUGGAUUCCAGCUCUGGCGCAGUCCGGCCCCUGCCCGCCGUGUCGUGCAUGAUUGCCAACGCAAUUUCUGCGCAUCUGGACCUGCGUGGACCAGCAAUCCCCCUAGAUGCGACAUGCAGUUCCAGUAUGCUUGCACUGCACUUCGCCGUGCAGGCGCUCCGUGCCGGUGAAUGUGAAGCUGCUGUCGUCGCGGGGUGCCAGCUGAACCUCAGGUUGGCCGACUUCGUGCACUUCCCCGAAGACUUUCUGGCGGAAGACAGGAAGUGUAAGCCAUUUGAUGCUUCCGCGGACGGGUUCGUGAAGGGCGAAGGCGCGGUGGCCAUUGUGCUGAAGCCUUACGACGAUGCUGUUCGCGACGGUGACUACGUUUAUGGGAAUAUCCUGGGAACCGGCGUGGCCGCAUCGGGCGCGGCGGCGCUCGAUGAUACCCUCAGUGCCAACGCGCAGGUGAACGCCAUGCGUCGGGCAUAUCAGGGCACCGCUUGCGAUCCGCAAGACGUCGACUAUGUCGAGAUGCACGCGAUGGGAACUCCCGACGACCUCGUCGAGAGCACUUGGGUCGGCGAACAAUUUGGGAGAGACGAGAACCUGCUCGUUGGCAGCGUGAAGGGUAAUAUUGGGCACCUGCAUGUCGCGGCAUUCUUAGCGUCGUUGUGCAAAGUUUGCUCCAUCCUCGAGACAGGUUUAGUGCCCCCCAAUGUUAACCUCGUCGCACGCCACCCCAAUAUCCCAUGGGACCAAUACAAGCUCCGUGUGCCUACGGAGCCGACGCCCGUCACUGCCCGCUCGGCUUCUGGAAAGCUCCUAAUUUCAAUGUCGAGCUACAGCAUCGGGGGUAGUAACGGCCACGUCGUUCUGCAGAGUGUGGCGCCAAAACAUGCCAGCGAGGAAGCGACGAAUGUUACUGGACCUGUGUUGUUUGUCGCUGGAGGCCUUUCGCCGAGGUCUGCAAGAGCUGUUGCCGAUUCGUUAGCCGCAUUGGCGGAUUCUCAUCCACACGAGUUGGCGUCGACCUCUACUGUGUAUGGUCGGCGUGCCAGGCAGAUGACGUGGCGGACGUUUGCGGUUGCGCAGGCCGGGCCGCAACCGUCGUCGAUCAGAUUUCCUUCGCCCUCGCUUUCCCCCCAGAUUUCUCCGCCGAUCGUGUUUGUCUUUUCAGGCCAAGGACCUCAACAUAUUAACAUGGGACGUCAACUCUUCCAGAGGUUCAAAGUCUUCCGUGAUACAAUCCUAGAGUUAGAUCAAUGCCAUAGAGAGAUUACCGGCAUCUCAUUAAUAGAUCAGACGGGCCUCUUCGCGGACGUCGGUGCGGCGGAAGCCCUGCCCUCAACGUGGCCAAUCUCCACAAUAUACCCCACGCUCACGAUGCUCCAGAUCGCUCUGUUUGAUCUGCUCUGCAGCCUCGGUCUCCGUCCGGACGUUCUUGUUGGCCACUCCGUGGGAGAGACGCCGCUGCUGUAUGCCUCUGGCGCCGGCUCUAAGAGCAUGGCGAUAGAGCUGGCAAUUGCUCAGGGCCGUGCAUUGACACUGGUGGAGGUGGAGGAUGGUACGAUGGCCGCACUCGCAUGCACUCCCGAGCAAGCCCGCGAUGUCAUUAAAGACGUCCGCAAGUCCGUCGGGGACUGGGGAGUGCUGGAGAUUGCUGGUUUUAAUUCUCCCUGCGCGGUCGCUGUUGCUGGACACGUGCAUCUUGUGGAGAACGCGGUCGAAGUAGCCAAUGCCCGUGGGCUGUUUGCUCGCAGGCUUCAGACUGAUGCUGCAAUCCAUUCGAGCCUUGUCGACGUAUGCGAGGAUAAGUAUCGUUCGUUGGUCGCCGACGUGUUCGCCCGAUAUCCAGGUGCGCACAAGCCGGCCAUCGCCACGUACUCGGCCACCAUGGGAGCAGUCCUCGACUGCUUCACCGAAGAAUAUUUUUGGCUCAACUGCAGAAGCCCUGUCCAAUUUGCACAGGCGAUCAUUGGCAUCAUUACUACCUUUCCUACCUCAUCGUUCGUGGAGGUCAGCCCCCACCCGGUACUGUCGCUGUACCUGCAGGAAUUGGGCGCUCCCAUCACAUCCGUCGUCUGUCCCAUGCGUCGUACAAGGGAGCUGGAGCAGUGCCAGGAGGAAACAAUGCUGUUGUCUGCCCUGGGUCAGCUGAUCGUGUUGGGGCACGACUCCGUCGAUUUCCACAAACUAAAUUCGCAGGCGGCUAACUCUCCUUCUCUCAACUUGCCCUCAUAUCCGUUUAUGAAAGAGUACAUUCCGUACCGUCCAGGACACUCUCGUACUUUGCAGAAGCAAUGUGGGCCAUGGCGCAAGCGUCUCGACGGUGUCGGCUCUAAGAUGCGCGCGCGCUCAAAAGAAGUUAUGAAAAUCAGUCCGUCGCCGCAGCCUUCGCUGUCACCUGAGAACACUCGCGAUACCCUCCGCACCGUCGUCUUGCAAUCGCUCGACCGGAUUCCUACAGACUUUUCACCCGAUGUUCCCUUCACUUCUUACGGCAUGGACUCUUUAGGUGCAGGACGCCUGGCGUUCGCACUCCGACCAUUCCUCGUGAUAUCCCAGAUGCAAUUGCUCAACAACUUGAGCCUAUCGGACAUUGAGCGUCUGGCUGAGGCUUCAAAGCAGAGUGUGGCUCCUGCACAAGCCGCUCCUGUAGGGACGUUCUACAAGUGGGAUGACAUGCUGCACAAGGAAGGACAGGCACUGGUUAAGCUCGUUGACCUCGGAGACACCCCGCUUAUCCUCAUUCACGGCGCAAGCGGUAGCAUCCUUCCAUUCAUCUCCAUCCAGGAGAAGUUCUCCACGUCGUUGUGGGCCCUGCAGACGACGCCGGAUACCCCUACGCACUCGAUUAAGGCGUGGGCCGCGUUUUACCUUGAGCAGGUCAGAGAGGCUCAGCCAAAAGGGCCGUAUCGCAUCGGGGCCUUCUGCGCUAGCUCUACAAUUGCUCUCAUGAUGGCACACCUAAUCGAAGAAAGCGGCGACACUGUCGGGGAGCUGUGUUUCUUGGACCAUUCUCCUCUCUUAUUUGUGUCUCCGUUGAUCGAGCCUGACGAAGAAACAGUGUCAAUGCGGUCUCCGGGCCCAGCCAUGAUACGGCGCUUGCUCGAUUCAAUGCUCGAGCUGUACAGAGCAGACGACUCUCCCGUGCGCCAUAAAGCUGCGCAGGACUGGGAGGAUACCGCGAACGGCCUGGACGGACCACCUCAUGUGCGGGGCUGGUAUGCCACCUUCAAGAGCCUCAACACGGGCAUCUACGAGUUCAUUUUGAGCUUACUGCCUCCUGACGAGCCUCUCACGAUUGUCGCGAUGCGCGAAGCUCUUGCGGAGUGGAUGGGCUCCGUCGAUGCGCCGAUUACAGCAUACAUUGCGACGAACGGGUACCUUUCCUUCAUCCCUGUAUCCCAGAGGAUGGGUUGGGAGUCAUAUGGCCUCUGCCAGGUGUUCCCUGAAGCGCGGAUCAUUACGACCCACUAUAAUCAUUUCCAGAUCCUGGAUUCGGCAGAGUUUAUAGAUUCGAUUCAGGGAAGAUAG